AUGCAAAGACCAUCACCACCUACUGAAGAAGAAGAUACUUGGCAAUAUGAUCCCAUUGAUCCCAACAAGAUAAGCCCCAUGAAGCUUAAAGAGUUCAAUGCUAAGGUGAAAUCACUUCCAUUCUAUGUCACUUUUGAAGAAGCUUGGGAUAAACAUGAUCUAGUGGAGUUCUUUUUCACAACUAGUGAAAACAAAGAAGAGAUACACCAACUUUUCAGGAAGGCACGAUUUCCCCAUUGCCCCUCAUGCAGUCAAUCAACCACCAUCACCACCAUCACACCACCACCUGAAUGGUAUGUCAAUUCCAUAUCAAGAGAGAAGCUUGCUGAGUUCAAUCAGUUUGUCCAAACUCUUCCAGCCAGCAUGUCUUCCAACAAGCUUGGCGCCACUACCCAUUCACCACCUUCUUCCACAACUGCAAGAGACACCUGA